AAAGUACGUUUCUUCUUUUUUGCAUUUCCAACAUGUCGGUGUACGGACCCGUGGUGAAGAUUCACCCUGUCGUUCUCGCAUCCAUCGGCGACUCCUAUGAAAGGAGAAAUGAAGGAGCGAGUCGUGUCAUCGGAACAUUACUUGGUACUGUUGACAAGCACUCCGUUGAGGUUACCAACUGUUUCUCUGUCCCCCACAAUGAGUCUGAGGAUGAGGUGGCUGUGGACAUGGAGUUUGCCAAGAACAUGUAUGAGCUCCAUAAGCGGGUGUCACCCAGUGAAGUCAUUGUUGGAUGGUAUGCCACUGGCUUUGAGAUCACUGAGCACUCUGUGCUGAUCCAUGAGUACUACAGCCGCGAGGCCACCAACCCCAUUCACCUGACCAUGGACUGCGCCCUGCAGAGUGGCAAAAUGAACAUCCGUGCCUAUGUCAGUGCCCCGAUGGGUGUGCCCGGAAAGACCGUCGGUGUCAUGUUCACCCCCCUGAGCGUCAAAUACAAGUAUUAUGACACGGAGAGGAUAGGCGUUGAGCUCCUACAGAGGACAAGGGACGCCCCUAACGCCAGCAGUGGGCUGACCUCUGACCUCUGCCAAGUGGGCAAGGCAGCAUCCCGGGUACAGGACAUGCUGGCCACAGUACUGACCUACAUCGAGGAUGUGUUGUCUGGGAAGCAGGGAGCGGAUAACAGUGUUGGACGUUACCUCAUGGAUCUGGUCAACAAGGUCCCCAAGAUCUCCGCGGAGGACUUUGAGACCAUGCUGAACUCUAACAUCAAUGACCUGUUGAUGGUGACCUACCUAGCCAACCUGACUCAAGCACAGAUUGCCCUGAAUGAGAAAAUCGUGGUUCUCUGAGCAUUGAGGAAUUGAAAUGGUCAAUUUUAACAUUUUGUUUGACUGAUGGAUAUGUAAUUAUUUGGGUAUACUUCUGAAAAUGAAAUAAAGAUGAAAUAAAGAUGUUAUAUGAUUGCUUCUACAACAUA